UGUGUGUAAAAAGUCUGCAAACUUUCUGUAAGGAAAGCAUUGGGUUACUCUGACGUCAGAGCACGUCGUUAAUUAGACAGGUGGGGUGCUGUCCAGGGUGCUGAAUCCUGAGCCAGGUCUUUCCCUGCAGAGCGGUCCGAGCAGCAACAGGUGAGGGUGUGGAGACUUUGGAUCCACCGGAGCCCGUUCAUCUUUCAGGUAGAUUUAAGGAAACCUGAGGUCAUGGACCUGCUUCCGGCCCAGGAGGCCGCCAAGAUCUACCACACCAACUAUGUGAGGAACUCUCGGGCCAUCGGCGUCAUGUGGGCCGUGUUCACCAUCUGCUUCGUGAUCAUCACCAUGGUGGUCUUCAUCCAGCCCUUCUGGAUCGGGGACAGCGUGAACACGCCGCAGGCCGGAUACUUCGGCCUCUUCCACUACUGCAUCGGCAACGCGCUCACCUCGGAGCUCACCUGUAAGGGCAGCGUGCUGGACUUCAGCUCCAUCCCGUCCCCGGCCUUCAGGACCGCCAUGUUCUUCGUGGGGACCUCCAUGCUGCUGAUCGUGGGCACCAUGGUCUGCUUCAGCCUCUUCUUCUUCUGCAACGCCGGCAACGUGUACAAGAUCUGCGCGUGGAUGCAGCUGGCCUCAGGCGUGUUGAUGGUGAUGGGCUGCAUGAUCUACCCGGACGGCUGGGACUCUGAGGAGGUGAAGAGGAUGUGUGGCCAGAGGACAGAUAAGUACAGCCUGGGGAACUGCACGGUGCGCUGGGCCUACAUCCUCGCCAUCAUCAGCAUCCUGGACGCCCUCCUGUUGGCCCUGCUGUCCUUCACCCUCGGCAACCGGCAAGACAAGCUGCUGCCGGAUGACUUUGAGGUGGAGGGAGGAGGAGAUAAUGCCUGAUGGACAACGCUUCAGUGUGAUGCUGAGAAAAUAAAAAAGCAUUCUGAAACACAGCAAUAAAUCUAAUUCUGAGUUUUUGUUUAAAGUUAAAUGUAGCAGCUCUUUGGUAAGAAGUUCAGUUUUGACGACUCGUUCCUAAUAAAGUGAGAGAAACAGG